CCCACCUGUAAAACGCCCCAGACACUGUUUGUCAUUCUAUGAUAAGAUUUAUUCGUUUUCCAAUUUGGAUACAUUUGAGUCUGAGAAUUGCUUUGUGCGAGAGGAUAAAAAACGAAGAUCGACAAUGGUUUGCGGAGGAUUUGUUUGCACCAAGAAUUCCUUAUGCGCGCUGAACAUACUUUAUGUUGUAAGUACCACGCAUAGAUGUUUCCAUAUGGGACCGAAUUGUUUUUGAUGAAAGGCUAUUAAUGAAAGUGCAAAAGCCAGCAUGAUUCUAGUCAAGAAUGAUAUAGCCAGGGCAAGAAGGCUAUCAUGCAAAUUAAGUCGUUGUGACAGAAUGUCUCUCUGUUAAUGCAAAGUCUAAACUAUUGGUUCCCAACCAGGGGUACUUGGCCUAUCCACUGGGGGUACUUAAGAAGCCUCAUGAUACCAUAGGCCUACUGGUCAAAUGCAUUUAUGGGAUUACUUCAGGGGUACUCUGGGCAGAGCAAAAUGUAGUUGGUGGUACAGUAACCGAAAAAGGUUGGGAACCGCUGGUCUAAACCAUAUCUGUAUAGUGUGAUUCAAUUAUCGUCAUACAAUUCUUGCAAGUAAUGUAUAAUAUAAUCAAAAUACUCAAUGUGUGAUACUUCCUAAAUGUCUUAAUAAAUAUUGUAUUAUGUAUUCAAUGUAUGUAUUUAUUUAAUGUAACUUCAGUCUAAACAGACUUUAAUCAAGCUGAAGGUGGUAGCCUAAAUAUGAGAUGGUGUUGACUUUGCAUACAUCAAAGAAAUCAGCAUGAAGUGUCCUUUUUGAGUGCUUUUCCGUUCCCAGUGGACUGCUGUCAUCACUUUGUAUUGUACUUGGUCUUCAGAUGGUGAGCUUGCUGCUGAUUGCAGUAGCUGCUUGGGGGAAGUGGUUUGGCCUGGUCUCCAGUUUUCGGGUGGUGGCUGGAGUCAUUGGCGUGGGCAUCUUUCUGUUAUUUGUAGCCUUCGUGGGCCUCUGUGGAGCCCUGAAGCACCACCAGGUCCUGCUGUUCUUUGUAUCCUUCAAUUAGGAGUAGGGUGAAGUAGCCCCUUGACACUGAACUUGGGUCAGUUUUUUUUGCAUUUUCCCAACUAAUGGUUAAGAUUAGGAUUGGGGGAAGGGAAGGGAAGCUGAUCCUAGACCCAUUCACUUGUCAUCACUGUCAUGUGAUAUGAUGCUAAUAAUAAUAAUAAUAUGCCAUUUAGCAGACGCUUUUAUCCAAAGCGACUUACAGUCAUGUGUGCAUACAUUAUUUUUUUGUGUGUAUGGGUGGUCCCGGGGAUCGAACCCACUACCUUGGCGUUACAAGCGCCGUGCUUGUUCUAUUCAUGUCACAUAUUGUUAGAUAGUCAAGUGAAUACAAAUUACUACAACACAAGACAUAUUGAAACCCUUACAAAAAAUAUUGCCGUUUUGAAACUGCAGUAACUGCAGUUGACUGUGGUAUUUUGGAUGCAGUAAUUGCAUAAUAACGGCAGUGUACUGCAGUUAUACUGCACUCUAACUGCAAAAUUACUGCAGUAAAAAAAACGGUUAUUUUGGACGCAGUAUUUGCAGCAUACUGUAGUUAUACUGCACUAUGACUGCAAUCUUUUUUCGUAAGGGAACAAACACUGAGGACUGCUGUAUACUAGAGGAUCUUAGUCUCAAUGUGUUUUUAACUGCUCUACCCAGACUACUCUUAAUAACUUAUAUUUUCUCACUUUAUGAACAAUUAUUUCACAAAUACACAGCCUAGGGUUACCUAGUUUGUUUCCAGUAUGUUGUCACAUGUGAGCUUCCUUAGUUGGCCUCAGUACAUGAUUAUCCUGUUCCUGGUGUUCAUGGUGCAGCUGUCAGUGUCUGCCGCAUGUCUGGCUAUCAAUAAAGAGCAGCAGGUGCGUGACGAUAUAUUAUGUGUAUAAUGUGACUCAUGACCACUUAAUCUGUAGAACACCUUAAAUAAAUACUGGAAAUCAUUCACACUUUCUUUAUGUCCUGUAUUAGCCCUUUGACAAAUGGCUAAUGCACAACAUAAAUGGAAAGUGUGAACGGUUUCCAGUUGAUUUCAAAGAAGCACUCUGAUUGAUGACAUGCUGAUUGAAUUCUGUGACCAGAGCCUCCUUUCUCCAUGCACCUCCUCAUCCAUUUCCCUCACUGUAGAAGGAACUCCUAGAGGUGGGCUGGAACAAGUCAGAGGCCACUCAGAAGGAUGUGGAGAAAACUCUAAACUGCUGUGGCUUCUCCCAUCCAAACUAUAAUGGCACCUGUGAUGCGGUAAAGACGCUGGCUUGUUUUCAGUAAAAAACCAGGAAAAUGUUUGUCAGAUAGUCUUGAGUGAUGGACACAUGACUUAAAUUCUGUCCUCUCCAUUACUUCCUCACACUACAGGACUGUUUCUCCAACCCAUUAUCCUGCAACCCUUGUGCUCCAAUCAUCCAAAGUCAUGCCGAGGAGGUUUUACGCUUUGUGGGUGGGAUUGGAUGCUUCUUCAGCUUCACAGAGGUUAGCAACCUGCUGUAG